CGCAGCUGUUUCGCUCAUCGCUUAGUCAUGAUUGACUGUUUGCAUUGUUUCGAUUAAUUACCGUUGAACGAAUAUGGAAAGGGUUCUGCGGAUACACCCAUUACACUCAAUAUCUUGUAAACCAUAUCUUCUCUGUUGCGCAGACGAAUGACCUUUUAAGACAUGAAAACGCAUUUUAAAGUGAAGUCGCUAUUAUUUUGUGUAUCUUAGUUCCCCACGUAGCUGACAUACGUGAAAGUUAGGCUUUUUGAAACAAUUCAAUAUCCUAACAAGCGGCGCAAAAUGGGCUCUUUUCACAAGAUUCACGUGGUUUGUUUAUUGAGUUUUAUUUUGAAAGCUUGGCAUGCCGAAUGCGACACUCAGCAAUUGUCUUGUUCAGUAGAACAGCUUGGAGCGAACGCCCAAUGGAAUCCGCAAGUUCCUGACGAAGGUUAGAAGUGGAAGACUCCAAUAUUUCACGAGUGGUCGAGUGUUUAUCGAACUUACUCUGACACAAUUUAUCUUUGACAGGGAAGGAGCCGCAAGUUUGUGUUAGUCACACGAAAAAAACGUGCUGUACAAGACAAACGGAAGCAUCUCUUCGCAUUAAAGCUGCGAAGAAUAUCAAGACUCAAUUGCAAACUAAAUAUAUGGCUGCAAAGAAAGCCAUGUUAUCGCUUUUUGACGAUUUGAAAGGUAAGCCAUCGAUCCACAGUUCGUUGAACUAUUUUGUAAGUUGAUGAAAAGCACUCUAUCAUUUGCUUUGUAUAAACAAAUUCUUCAGGCUACUUGAGUGAUCGCAACUGCCUUGGGAUUUGCGGUUCGGUUAGUUAUUGUAGCCAAAAGUAGAAAGAAAGAGCAGAUCAUACUCUAACAAAAAACUCGGGCUCUCUCGAGGUAUUCUAAACAAUGCUAUGCCUAAUCAAUUGCUCUUCACGCCGAUUUCCUAUAGGGGUAUUGUAAUAAUGAGGUACUUGAGCAUUUUAGCUUAUGGCUCAAACAUGCUCGGAAUUGUUUCUUUUUCUUUUUCCUGUCUCAAGUGCGUUAAUAUGCUUAAAAUCGUAAACUUAGAACUUUUUUUAUCAGUAUACUCUUCCUUAAUUUAAUAUUUAAUAUUGAGUACAAUUUUCUGACACCUCAUGAUUUAAUUUUCUAUUCCUCGAUGUUUCUUAAAACAAUUCAACAAACGCAUAACGCAUGAUGGAUUUUGAAUAGUUAGGAACCUUAGCGCUGCACUCUGAAUGUGAUUUAAACACAGAAAACUGACUUAUAGUCUGGAUAUUUCGAUUGCGAAGGAAUUGGAUUUUGUCAGGCUAAAGCGUGUUUCUGGCCUUUAAUAUAAAAUAUCAAUGCAAUAAUUCCUUUGUUGUUGAUAUUUGUGUUGAAAUCUUAAUUACGAUAUAUUCCACGAGAAUGGUAGAAAAAUUGUCAUUUUCCAGAAGACCUCCCAGCGCACACAUUUAUCAUGAACAAUUCAGCUAUCGAAGAAUAAAUCAUGCUCUUGUUACUUAAUCUAGCGAUGAAAUCUAGCAUAGAAGUUGGGUUAUGCAAAUUAUGACAGUAGAGCCUGAGAAGGCGCGAAAACAAUAACAAAACUAGCAUGACCUAAACUUUGUUCAUCUGUGUUCGUGAUCGCGUGUUUCUAAAGCAUUUUAAAAAUUCUCCUGCGCUUAGAAGGUUGUCUUUAUCUUCGUAGUCGCAUCAGAGCCGCCUGCGGGCAAGACAAUUCCGAUCUCAUAUGUUUGACGUUCUAAAUUAAUGAACGGAUAUAAAUCGUCAGAAAUUUGAAGCCCUCUCUGACCCAGCGGGAGCUUUUUUGAAAUAGGGAGACACGAUGCACCAUACAGAGUCGCUAUAAAGUGAAACACAUCUGAACCAAACCAUUUGUCUUUUCUUUUUUUUUUUUGGAUCUGAAAUGAAUCUUACGGCGCCUUUCCUUUUCGUUCUCUAUUUUUAAUAAAAGUAAAUAUGCAAAUUUUGGUACAAGUGACAAAAGAUCUGGAACGUAUUAAACCAAUUUCUUUUAUGUAAAUAAUGCAAAGCCAAGAACCUUAUUGUCUGCUGAUAUUACUGAUUGUUUACCACAAGUAGGUGCUGGCUUUUUGUUUUGCAUCUGAAGUGCUAUUGACUUAAAAACCAACCGGUUGCAGUAUUUUGAUUUUCUUCAAUAUUAAAACAGAAGUCAUACUGUUUAAAGUUUGGAAACUUUUAGAUUUCUUUAGUUACUGAUGUAUCACUCUAGCUACCUUAAUUUUAUUCAUAGAGUAUUCUGCAAACAACCUCUUCAGUUAGAAGUUCAUAAUGUUAAUUUGCCCUUUGCGGAUUGGUAUGAUUUAAACAAUAGAGUGCAAAUUUGCCUUGACCCUCUGAAUGUAAGAUAAUGCAUUGAUAAAAUUCUAACCCCAGAGAUUUUUUUUUAAAUAGUGGAAUAGUGCAUUAAAUUGUUGUGAAAGUUUGACCCAAUUUUCAUCAGGAUGUUACUGUUUAUCAUUGUUUUUUUUUCAAUUUUGUUUUAAUUUAAAGUUGUUUGAAUUUUUGUUUUACCAAAUAUUUUUAUUAUACAAAAAAAUUCAACAAAUAUAUUCUAUUUUUCCACUUCAUUUAUUUGAAAUUACAUUUUGUUUUAUUUCUAGGGCAUUUUCAUAGUCUCAUGGAAGAAAGUAACAGACAGAGUAUUACCUUUUUACUGGUUAGACAACCAAAUCUUACUGCAGAUGAAGUCAUUGCAGUAUCUAAGUUAUUCAAAGACCUUGAAAACUAUUUGGCUGAGGAUAAACAAGAACUAGAAGACAUUGUGAAUGCAUUCUUUCGCAGUUCUUUUCCAAUGCUGUUCAGAUAUUUCAAUCCAGAAGGAAAGACUCUCUCAGCAAAGUAUAAAAGUUGUUUAAAAGAUAACAUGGAUAUAAUUAAACCAUUCAGUACUCGCCCAGCAGAGUUACUUGGUAAGUUUGAGGAGGUUUUUGAGCCAGUGAGAAGCCUCUUCAAAGGCCUGAAAUUUGGGGUAGAGGUAUUAAGCUUGGCACAACAGUUCAACUUCACAGAUGGAUGCAAAAAUGGUCUUUUGGAGAUGAAAUUUUGUUCAUUAUGCCAGGGUCUUACCCAAGUGAAGCCAUGUUAUGAAUUUUGUAUGGAUACAACAAGAAAAUGUCUGCUCUCUGAAGCUCAACUUCAAAGAAAGUGGGGCCAGUUAAUAGACACUGUUCUCUCACUGGCUAAAAGUGUUGGAAACUCAAAUUUGGAGAACUUUUUAAACUCUGUUCAUACAGACUUAUGGCAUGCUGCCACCUUUAUGUUACUACAGAAGGCUAAUUUAAUGCCGCAGGUAAGGUUACAUAAUUAAAGAAUCUAGUAUCCAGGACCUAGAAAAUGUAGUCAACCAAUGGUUAGUGUACUGGACUCCAGGUGAAGGGGUCUGGACACGAGCCCUAGUUGGGUCACUGUGUUGUGUUCCUGGGCAAGAUACUUUACUCUCACAGAGCCUCUCUCCACCCAGGAGUGUAGAGGGAAACCUGACUAAUUGCUGGGGGGGAGGGGGGGAAGGGGAUUGGUAACCUUGUAUUGGACUAGCAUCUUAUCAAGGGAUAGUAGGAAUUCUCCUGGUUGGUUCUGCUUUGGAAGACAUGUUUGGGAAAAUAAGUUAGCCAGGCGAGAGAAAUGUUAACAGUAGGAAAUAACACUAAUUUGAUUUGUGUGAUUUUGUGGGUUGCCUUCAUUUCCUCAAGCAAAACAUUUUACUUUAUUUACAGUGCCUCUCUCUACCUAGGAGUAUAAAUGGUUACCCACAAAUUGUCAGGGAAGCCUGAUGAAAUUGGAGGGGGAAUAACCUUGUGAUUGAUUGGCAUCCCAUCUAGGGGGGAGUAUUUAUACUCCUUGUUGCUUUAUGCUAUAGAAACUAGGAUAAGCCACUUAUCUCAAGCAUAGACUUAAUAUUUUAUUUACUGAUCUCCUAUGUGGUUGGUAAUAACACAGUAAGAAUUGCAGCUAUAUUUUCAAGGUAUUAAUGGUUUUCUGAGACUGAUGGUCAGUAAACUUGUUAAAAUGGUUUUGAUAAAAUUAUUGUUUUAGUUCAUGUUCUUAAAAACAGUUACUCAUAUCAAUAUUGUUAACAGGUUUUGAAGGAGUGUGGCGAACCUUCCUACACUGAUGCAAAGACUUCUCCUUAUAAAGAAUCUGUUUCACCGACUCCUCAUGUCAAAGAGCGACUCUUUGCUAAAAUGGAUGCUGUUCAUAGGCAGCUGAAUGCUCUCAGCUCAUUCUUCCACGAUUUAGCUCGAGAGUUUUGUGUAGUUGAUGGUCUUGCUUCACAAAAGGAAAACAUUGACAACUGUUGGAAUGGAACAUUUGUAGCAAGGUAAAGACAAGUAAUUGGUAAUUCAAUUUGGAACCUACUAUUCGUAACUCUUUGUUUUCCUGUGCUGCACCAGGGGUUGGGCAUGUAAUACCACUCAACAUAAAGAGUUUAAACAUUUUAAGAGCCUAGUUAAAAUCUCACCUUAUUUGUUUGGAAUUUUGAUCAGAUAGCUUUUCAUUGUAAUCAAGAUUUUUCGAUUUUGUAUUAAAUUUUCACUGCAAUUUUAAUUUGUUCUUCUCUUUACAUCUUUAAAUUUAUUUCAUCCCUCAAAAUUGCCCUCAUUUAAAAUUUUCAAAAGCUUUUUUUGCCAGUAUGAUUGGUCUGUAUAGGUUCAUAGACCAUUUUCUCAACAGAAACACAUACAAUUGGUUGUUAAUUGAAUACAUUUAGGUUUUUUCCCUUCACAAAUUAUAUUCUCGGUUAAUAUCAUUUUCUACAGGUAUGAGCCAAAGCAAGGUGAUUCAUCUUUGUCACUAGAGAGUAAAAACCACUUGACGUUUCUUGAGAGGAAGAUUCAUGGCCAGAUUAAAAUGAUGGAAAAGUAUACUAUCACAAGAGAUGAUGAUGAUGAUGAACUUGAUGGAAGUGGUAGUGGCAGUGGGAGUGGUGACAAAAAUAGUAAUCAGCUUUUAUAUUUAUUAGCGUUGAAAGGGCAACUUGGAAUCAUAAUUGAUUCCAAUGGAAAAAAAUUGUAAAAUAUUGAAUAAUUUAAUAAAGUGCAGAGCAUAUUGCUUUUCUUUGAAGAAAGAAGUAUGGUUAGCAUUCAGGUGGCAUCUGAACAAGAAAGAAACACAAUUUUAUAGAAGAAAAGAAGGUAGCAUGAGUACUAUGAUGAUGAUGAUGAGGACUUCAGAUAAAAAAGAACUUAUAAUUAAAUUUUAAACAUUUCAUCUCUCUACAUGACUGCCAAAUACAAGUUGCCAAAUGUGCACCUUAUGCUUCAAAUUCAGUUGCUAUGGUGACCGAAAUGGUUACAGCUUGCAGUGCUGCUUGUCUGAAAUUUCAAAAAUUAGAUGUGAAUGAAAUCUGGCAGCUAACUGGUUGCUUGUUUAAUUGUUGGUACUGCGUUGCAAAGGAAUGAAACUUUUACAGUAUCAAAGACUCAAAAAGGAUGUCAGGAUGUACUCUAAUUAUGCUGGUGUCAUUUUAAUUAGCACAAAUUUUGUUUAUUUAUGUUUAUUUAUGCUUCAUAAUUAGGAAACAAAAUCAGUGAAAGUGGCUGUGGUGAGGAUGAUGAGGACUGUGGUAGCACAUCAAGUGGAGAAAACAAUAACAUCGUUGAUUUUGAAAGGGGUAUGAAGAUUUCUAUUCACCUUUAUGGUUUCUUACCAAUGUAACAAUAUUUCAAAAGGCCCACUCAUUUGGUUAUGUUUAAGCUCCAAACACAUGAGAACAUGUCAAUACUUAGUUCAUGAAACUGAUCAUUCCAGUCUCAAAGACAGUUUUAGGCACAGGCCUGAGAGAGAUCCUUUUAAAAAGAUUCUUGGAGGAGUUUGUUUGGUCUUUAAGUUGGAUGUCAUCCCUAAGAAUUUAGACAACUGAAAGGGAAUAAUUUUUGUUCUUUAUUUUAAAAGUAGGCAACAUUCGGUUAUUGUGAUCCCAAUAUACAUUGAAACCUUUGGGUUGUUUUUAUUUUUUACAGAAAAUGACUUUGAUUUCAUUACGACACCUUCAUCAAUUAAAAGCUCUGGCAAUGAAGUCCUAGGUGGGGGUUUUGACCCUACAUCAACUCGUAAGUCUGGUGAUGUGCUAGCUCAGGGUAAUUCAUCGUCAUCUCUUGCUAUCACAUGGCUACAGUUUUUUACUCUACUUCUGUUGGUAUGGCUCACGAGAGGAUAGAAACAUCUCAGCAGUCACUCUGACCUCAAAUGGAAUUGAAACAACAAGAAAUUGGUCCUCCACCAGAGUUUUCUCUCAAAGACAAUAGAUAGAAGUGUAAGGCUUAGUUCAAAGUCUUUCCAAAUUGUUGUAUAAAACAAAGUGUAACUAACCUUUCCAGAGCCUCUGUUGUUGGCAAAGAGGGAGAGAUCAAAAGAAAAUAUUGUCUGUGGACUUCUAUGGGUCAUUUUUUUAGAUUGCACACUAAUAUGAUGAUUUGUUCAUGAGCAGUAUUCAUUCAAAAGUCAUUCAUUAUCAGAGAGAUGGUGAAUUGUGUGGCUUAGAAGUCUGCAGACACUUGUUUUUCUCUUUCCUUGCCCCUUGCGUUCAUGUUUUUUACUUUCCGUGAGGCUCUUGUCUCACCAGACAACAAUUGUAAGGGAAAGAAAGGUCGAUGAUAAAGGCCCUAGUGUAAUAGCUAGUAGAUUGAUUUUUUUCUUUUAAAUCUGAACUUGUUAUUAGCUUGUACAUGGUAACUUGGAAGAUUACAAUAUGCUGCUGCUUUUAGAAGAAAAUGUAAUUGCUUGAGUAUCACAGAAGCCAAUUGAAAACAACAUAACUGCAACAGCUGAUCAGAACAAAGAUCCUGGUAAUACCAGAAGUUUUGAAAUGUUGGAUUAAGUUUGGGUUUAUUUGCAUCUGAUUAGCCAAAGGGUUGAGGAGGUGGUGGAACCAAACAUUUGAGAGUCAGUGCAUCCCAAGAUUACUUAUUAGGACUGACUUUGAAAGAAUAAUUGUUAGAUUGCACAUGGAGAAAAGUUAUUUGAUUUAAAGUUAUAGUCAGCUGACCUAUAAUGAGCUAGUGACACCUAAGCCAAGUAGUGAUUGUCUUUUGGUUUGCGAAAAGAAUAGCUUGAAACUAGGGGGGAGGGUACUUUAUUUGAGGGAAGGACAGAGAAAUGGAGACCUGCUAUCAUGCGAGACUAUAGUUCCUAAGUCCAUCACAGAAUAUGACUAAAGUUAAGCAUUGACUUGUAUACUACUGUAACAAAGUUAUAAGGCAGUUUAUUUAUUUUUCCAAUUGAGACUUUCCAUGGAAAAUUUGAAAAAAACAAACUUAGUGGAAACAGCUGCUAGAAUUAAUAAAAUCACAGUAGUAAUGAUUCUUUAAUAAUGAUAAUUUAUUAAAAGGUAUUAUUAUCAUUAAUAGUGAUCAGUUCAAGUUGCUUAGCUCAUAGCAAAGUUUUCUCUGAGUCUUAGAGAAUUUUGUUAUCGUUAAGGUUUACAUUCUAUUUCAGUAGAGAUGUAUGAUAGAUGAUGUAGUCUGUGGCAAUUAAGUAGGUAAGAUAAGAGAGUGCAGUUUUCAUUGCCUUUUUGAAAGUGUGAAACCAUCAUGCAGUUGAAUUAACCUUGUAGAUAUGUAAAGUUAAAGGCCUGAUCAUAUUGCUCAAGCAUGAAUUACCCAGCUUACUUGGCUCUAUUUUUUGUGAAGACUACAAGUUACAAGCUUACAAAGUACUUGUUAGUAUAUAUUUCAGUCUAGAAUGUUAAGUUAAAUUGUGAUGUAAGGAUUCUGGCUAUUGAAUGAAAGCUUCUCUCAUUUAGCCAUACCAGUUUUUUGACUGAAAAAUUCCCAGUCUUACUUUAAAUUGCUUCAAAUUCGUUCCUUCACCAGCUAAUUAUUAGCAAAGUAUUUACACAGUUUCAUGAUUAAGUACAAUUAGUAUUACAAACUAUACUUUUUGAUACAUACAUUGAUAAAUUUACAGCCAACGUGUUUGCUAGCUCAAAGCGUAAUUUUGAUUAAGAAAAAAAGGCAUUUGACAUGGCACCAAGUUCUUCUUAAGGUGUACAUAUGAUAAAGUAGAAUCAUUGAUUAUAGUUAUGAAUGAAUGUUAAUAAAAGUAAUUAUGCCAGAAACAAUGCUUUGUAAAUAAUUGUUCCGUUGUCUGCA